AGGGGAAACCAGUUGAAGGUUGGUUUGAGAGCUUCUCUCUCCAGACUUCUUUGGGUCUCUUCCAAAAGUUCUGGAUGUCAACCUAGCAACUCUUCUUAGACUUAGUAAUCUUCAAUCUGGACUCUGGCUUUCAGGAAGUUCACAUUCCCACCUUCCCCAAUAAUGGGGAAAGGCAGAGGUAACUUUAAGAAUACAAAGUCAACAAACACACACAAGAAAGAUGGGGAACCCAACUCUUCUGUAGAUGGGGAGAUGCUCGGUGGAGGUAAGAACUCGAUGACUAUGGAGAACAAAGACUGCUCAUUCUUAGAGGUAAUACAGGAAAGUGAAGCAAUAGAGGAGACCAACAUGGAAGCAGGGGAUAACAUUCAAUCCGAUUUGGUGGUUACACCUGCACGCCAACUGUUUGAUUUAAAUGGUGAACCAGAAAAAGAGAAGACUGCCAAACCUUCAUGGGCAGGCCUCUUUAAAGACAAUAGAGCACCUUCAAAAGGAAUGAAACUGAGAUAUAUCCCUACUGAAGGUGAUUAUGUAGACAUGAUCAUUGGAGAACCAAUAAAUAUGGUGGAGGUAUGGGGCUUUUGUUUGGUUGGCUUCUUUACAGGAAGAUUCCCCGGGUUAAAAGCAGUGUAUAAACUCAUGGAAAGCUGGGGCGUUAGAUGUAAACUUCUGCCACAUUGCAGAGGAUGGUUAGUCUUUCAAUUUAAAACUGAUGAGGACAGGUCAAGAGUACUACUGGAUGGGCCAUAUGAUGUUGGUGGUAGAAUGCUAAUGCUGAAAGAAUUGUGUGAAGACUUCUCCUUUGAUGAUGAAGAGUUCCUUAAGGUCCCUCUAUGGGUUAAAUUCCCAAACUUUCCUAUGGAAUGCUGGACUGAGGAGAAAAUUAGCCUGGUUGCAUCUAAAGUGGGACAACCAAUUUACACAGAUGGUGUCACUAAUGAGAAAACCAAGCUGGACUAUGUCAGAGUUCUCAUAGAAGUAGACAUAUCAAAACCCCCUCCGCUUAGAGUUAAACUGAGAUUGAAAUCUGGUAGGUUUUUUAAUCUGUUUGUGAUAUACGAAACAUUUCCAAACUACUGUUUCCACUGCAAGAAGUUUGGACAUCACCCGUUUAAUUGCAAAACACUACAUCAAUGGGAAAGGGAUCAAUGGGAGGAGAAGGAGAAAAGUAAGAGGGAACCUAAUAAUAAAAUCGCAGAGCUGGACAGUGAGAAUGUGCAGGUGUUACCAGAAAAAGAAAACCACAAUGUCAUUACUACUAUAGUAGAGACCAUUGAUGAGGUACAAGAGGCCAAUGAAGUUACCGCAAAAGAAGUUGACAGAGAGAAAAAUGGAACUCAGACGAUAACUGAAAACAGAAUCAAUGAAAAGAAUGCUAGUAAAGAUAAAGAGAAAGAAACGGCGCCCUCUCACGGCUGUCAGACUCAUCAGCGAGGACAAAUUAAAGCACUGACUCCCUCUCAGGAUAGUGAAGGUCAUCAGGGUGGGCAAACUGACAUGGGAACUAGGAGUAAACCAGGUGGUAGCAAUGCACUAAAACAUGUUCCAGCUUCUACUGAUCAUGGUGGCACCCAAAAAACUAAACAUAACAGUCAGAAGUUGAGUAAAGGGGAAAAUAGUGGGGGUGGUGGUACUCUCAAUCAACGGUUUAAAUGAAGUUGCUCUCUUGGAAUGUAAGAGGCCUCAAUAGAGCCUCUAAACUUGUAGAUAUUAAUAAAUAUAUUAAGAAGUUUGACAUUGCUUUUUGUUGUUUGUUGGAAACCAAGUUGAGAGAUAGCCAGAAACUGGAGUUUUUUGCUACUACAAAAUUGAGGGGAUGGAAGAAUGCGAAUAAUUUUGCUAAAAUAGGGGGAGGAAGGAUAGCUGUAUUAUGGGAUGUAGCUAGAGUGAGCUGUGAAAUCCUGGUGGUUGAGGAUCAAUUUAUCCAAUGCAAGGUUAAGUGUCUGGUUACUCAGGUGUCUUUUGCUAUCACUGUUGUCUAUGCUUUAUAUACGGUGGGGGAGAGGAGACAACUGUGGAACCAUAUUACUGCUCUGGGACAGUCAAUUAGCCUUCCAUGGGUCAUUAUGGGCGAUUUCAACUCUGUUUGCUAUCCAAGAGAGAGGAAGGGAAGUAAAGACCCGGCUGAUUACUUCAUGAAGGAUCUUAUGGAAUGUAGGAAUAUACUUAAUCUAGAGGAUGCUCCUUCUAUUGGAACUGAGUUUACUUGGACAAGAGGGAAUAAAUGGGCGAAGUUAGACAGAGUCCUGCUAAACCAAAACUGGAAAUCCAAUGGAUUGAAUUGCUCAGCAGAUUUUAAAGACUUUGAAGACAUAUCAGAUCAUUGUCCGGUGAUUACUUCUGUGUUAAGUAAUGAAAAGGGGUGGCACAAACCCUUUAAAUUCUUUAAUAUGUGGAUGAAACAUCCAAGAUUUAAAGAGGUUGUUAAAAAUGUGUGGGACAGUAACAUUGAGGGGAAUGCACAGUUUAAACUCUGUCUUAAGUUGAAGAUGUUGAAAGCUCCUUUGAAGAACUUAAACCGGGAUGAGUUUGCUAAUAUCUCCUCAAAAAGCAAGGAGGCAAAACAGAGAUUCAAAGACAUACAAAAAAUGCUUCUGAUAGAUCCUGAAAACCAGACUCUUCUGGAAGAAGUCAAGAGAGCUAGGAAAGAAACUACCUUCCUCGCUGAAGCCGAACUAUCUUUCUAUCAGCAAAGAGCAAAAACCAAUCACCUCGUUGAAGCCGAUAGGUGUACCAAGUAUUUUCAUCAGAUCACAAAGAGAAACUCAGCUAGGAACUACAUUGCCUCUAUCAGGAAGGAUAACGGUCAAAUGACAAAUUCAUUUAAAGAAGUGACUGAGGAAUUCGUUAACUACUUUGAAACUGUGUUGGGCAAAUCUCAACCCUGUAAAAAGCUAGACCAAGAAGUGAUGAAAAGUGGAUGUUUGGUUUACAAUUCAAUAGCUGGAAGACUUAUAGCCCCUAUAACUCAUCAGGAAGUCAAAGAGGCAGUUUUUGAUAUAGGAGAUGAUAAGUCCCCAGGGCCUGAUGGGUUCUCUUCUGGAUUCUUCAAAAGUAACUAGGAUAUGGUUGGAGAAGAUUUUACCAAUGCAGUGAUGGAGUUCUUUGAGAAAGGAAAGAUCCUCAAACAAAUCAACCAUACUAGUAUAGCCUUGAUUCCUAAAAGCAAUCAUGAAGCCUCUGCUACUGAUUUUAGGCCCAUUUCAUGUGCUAAUGUGACAUACAAAACAAUUUCUAAGAUUUUGGCGGUUAGGAUGGCACCUAUUCUGUCAGAAAUUAUUAAUCCAGCUCAGAGUUCCUUUGUUGAAGGGAGGGGAAUUACAGACAACAUCUUUUUGGCCCAAGAACUUGUGAGAGGAUAUGCUAGAAAGUCAAUAUCCCCGAGAUGCCUUUUAAAGGUGGACUUGAAGAAAGCGUAUGAUACCAUAUGUUGGGAUUUUUUAAAGGAUGCUCUAACAGUGCUUGGCUUUCCUUCUAUUUUUGUGGGCUGGAUAUGGGAAUGUAUCAGUACCCCUACAUUCUCUAUAUCAAUUAAUGGAAGUUUACAUGGCUUCAUUAAAGGUAGGAGAGGACUAAGGCAGGGGGACCCUAUGUCACCUACUUUGUUUCUGAUUUGUAUGGAGUAUCUUUCUCGACUCAUGUGUAAGGAAACAUCCAAACCAGAUUUUAAUUUUCACCCGAAGUGUGGCCAACUGAAAAUAUCCCAUCUAAUAUUCGCAGAUGAUCUUAUGCUCUAUUCAAGAGGGGACCUGGCUUCUAUUCAAGUUCUUUUAAAGUGUAUGGCUGAUUUUCAGGAGGUAUCUGGGCUAUCAAUUAAUAUAGCUAAAUCAAAUAUUUUCUUAGCUGGGGUUCAUGGGCAGGAGCGGGAGCUGAUUCUGAAUUUGGUGGGCAUUCUGACUGGGCAGUUUCCAGUGAGAUACCUGGGAGUGCCUUUGGCCCCUAGCAGGGUGUCAGUAGCCCAAUACUCUCCUCUUAUUGAAAAAAUAGCUAACUUUACAUUGAAAUGGAAAACAAAUAGCAUGAGCUAUGCUGGCAGGUUGGAACUCAUUCGAGCAGUUAUACAAGGAAUCCAAUCCUAUUGGAUCCAAGUUUUUCCUAUUCCAGUGGCAGUCAUUGAGAAGGUUGUUUCACAUUGUAGACAGUUUUUGUGGGGUAGCCCUAACGCCAAAGUGGCUUGGGCAGAUGUGUGUAGACCAAAAGAGGAAGGAGGGUUAGGCCUUAAAGACUGUAAAAUAUGGAAUUCUGCACUACUCUCUAAAACACUUUGGAAUAUCCACCUAAAGAAGGAUACUUUAUGGGUUCGGUGGGUGCAUUGUGUAUAUCUCCGAAACUGCUCCAUGUGGGACUGGAUACCUCCCGAUGGAGUGUCCCCCCUUUUUAGCAAGUUAAUAAAGAUCACGGAGGCAUUGAGUACACUGUUGGGAGGGAAGUCAGGUAUUAUUUCUACUCUCAACAACAUCUAUACCAAUGGUAAGCUUCAGUCAAACAAAGUUUAUGACAUUUUGAGGGUUAAAGGUCAUAGCAAACCUUGGAUGAACCUUAUUUGGAAAAAUUACAUACCCCCAAAAUUCUCUUUUAUUCUUUGGCUUGGACUGAGAAACAGACUACCAACGUGUGAUAACUUGCUAUACAUAGAUAUGGAUAGAGCAUGUUGCUUUUGUAAGACUUACAUGGACUCAUCUGAUCAUCUUUUCUUCAAAUGUGUAUUUACGGGAGCAAUCUGGGAAGGAGUUAGGCAGUGGCUUAAGAUCAAGAAGAAUUCUUCUACACUCUUGAGCACAGUCAAGUUAUGUUUGAAGCAGUAUGGAGGAGCAAGAUUGACUAGCAAGGCUGUCAGGCUAGCCUUGUGUUGCACUGUCUAUUCAAUUUGGAAGGCUAGGAAUGAGCAAAUCUUUGGACAUGAAGAUGCUACUAUCGAGGGAGUACUCUUUCAGAUUAAGUUACAUGUUUAUCGUGCUCUGUUUAGACUUUACCCCGUAAGUAUGAUUGAGUUUUGAUUCUCCUUUUUCUAGUUCUCAGUUGCUAUGAAAUUUGAGUGACCUGAUGUUACUAUGUUAGUUAUGUAUUACUGUGAGAGAGUUGUUUGCUGUUGUCUUUUUGAAACUAUAGUAUGGUUG